CCUGAUGUCGGUCUGUCGAAUGACAGGCACCGAAGAAGUGUCACCACCUGUGGUUGCUGAAUAAUUUAAAUAAUUAUUACAUACCUUUAAUAAAACCCUUUUUUGCUUAAAUACCAUUUGGAUUAUAAUAGUUACCAACAAUGUCUUUUAAACCAGAAACAGUGAAGCCAAAACACGUGAAAAUUUUCGAAUUGGACCACUUCGAAAAGUUGCUGAAGGGUAUCAAAGUUGCUACAUGCAUGCUUACAGAGUCUCACCAGGUUGUUGACGAGCAAAGUGUAAUUCGUCGCUUGAGUGCAUUGACCUUGAACGGUCUAGCUGAUGGCAACUGUUGCUCGUGUUGUGGUGUCGGACCGUUCGAGACCAGGGCUCAGCAGACUGCCCACUAUAAACAUCAUUGGCACAACCAUAAUCUGAAGAGGAAGCUGUUUGGGAAAAUACCCAUUACUUUAGGCCAAUUCAAUUCUAGACACGAUGACUCAAGUGUCUCUGAGUCAGAUUCAGAAUCAGAGGAGCCUAGUAAGAAUCCAGAGAGUGAUCUGUUUGCAGCAGCCACCAGGCAUUGCAAGGCUUUCUUCACAAACCAGAAGGGUCAAGUGUUCUGCAUAUACAGAUGUAUAUUGCAUCACAGAAAGGAAGAGUUGUCAACGGAUGGUGAAGGUCAUGCUUGGGUGGACCGAUGCCAACGUCUCAUAUUGCCCGGUUACCAACGCUGGGCUGUGGUCAUGGUGUCCGGAGGACACUUCGCCGGCGCAGUAUUCUCUGGCGCUGUCCCCGUAGUCCACAAGACCUUCCAUUCGUACGUCACCAGAAGGGGACAGGGACAAGCCCAAGGGACCAGGGAUAACCACGGCAGCGCCCCUAAAUCAGCUGGCGCGAGCCUCAGAAGAUAUAACCAGUUGCAAUUUGUGGAGCACGUGCAAGACAUAAUGUCGUCGUGGUCGGCGGACCUGGCCGGCUGUGCGCUGGUGCUGUACCGCGCGGUGGGCGCGCACAACCUCAGCGCACUGUUCGGCCGCGGCGCGCCGCUGGCCCGCGACGACGCCCGGCUGCGGCCGCUGCCGUUCCCCACGAAGAAGCCCACCUUCAAGGAGGUGAGGAGGGUGCACGAGACCGUUGCCAGUGUUGAAGUUUACGAUACCAUGGAGUUGUUCCAAAAAGCGCUGAUAGCGUCCACGGCUAAAAGCACGACCAAAGCGGUGUCUUCUGACACCAGCAUUGAGAAGAAGAAAAGCACACCAAGUAAACCCGUGGACAGGGCUAAGUCCAGAGAGCGUACGCCCCGAGAAUUGCCCGCGCAAACGAUGUCCAGCGAGGACGAGGGUCCCUGCUACAUAGACUCCGAGACGCCAGAGAAUUGGAUCAAAACGCUCUCGGAACAGAGCAAAACGGGGGUCAUCACGAAUUCAAGGAAAGAUCUUCUGAAUGACUGUAACGUCCCAUGUCCCAUCAGCUCGGAGAGUGAGGGCGAAGUGGAGAAGAAGGAAGUGAAGAAGAAAAAGAAGAAAAAAUCGGAGAAAACUGAAGAUAAACCAGCGAAGAAGCCACAGGCGCCAAAGAUUCCGCUGAACGUUAAAAAGAUGUGGAAACUAAUAUCAGGUGACGAAUGCACAUCGCUGGAGACAAUAUUUGAGGAGUUCGAGGUGAGCGAGCUGGAAGCUGCGUGCAACGCUCAGGACCCGGCCGAUGGCAACACUGCGCUGCACAAGGCCGCCAUUGCUGCUAAACCCGACAUUGUCACGCAACUGCUGACGGCGGGAGGCGACCCCUGCAUAAAGAACCACGAACUAAAGACGCCGUACGCGGCCACGCCCCACGCCGACACCCGGGCCGCCUUCAGGCUGUUCCAGGGGCAAUUCCCGGAGAAAUAUAACUAUGCCAAGUCCCAGAUCCCCGGGCCCAUAACCCCCGAGCUGUUGGAACAGGAGAGAGAGAAGAAGGCGCAGCAGAAGCGCGCGAAGCGACAGCGCGACAAGGAGAAGCAAGUGGAGAAGAUCAAAACAAACAAGUUUUUACAACUCACUGAUGCUGAGAAGGUAAAAGUGAACGACACGAGGUGUUUCCUGUGUGGCGCCAACCUACCGAAGGCCGCGUUCGAAUACAACCUUUACAAGUUCUGCAGUAUCGCCUGUCUGCAAAACCACAGGAACCUACGCCCGUUGAAAAUGAGCGCGUAGCAUUGUCUGUGAUCCUCUGCUCAAAGCAUAAUGGACUGUUGUGAAUUGUGAAUAUAUUGAACGAAUACAUUAUUUGUUAAACAA